AUGGGUUCCGUAGCAGCAACAAAGACCCGAGAAUGGGUGGGGUUCGGCUUCAACGGCCAGCCCAACUACGUCGACAGCGCCGCCUUCCCUGCUGUGAGGUUCCGCCCCGACACCCCUGACAUUAAGGUCCUCCGCGAAAAGGAGAAGGGCGACUGGCGCAAGUUGACCCUGGAGGAAAAGAAAGCGCUGUACCGCGCCUCCUUCUGCCAGACGUUCGCGGAGGUCCAGGCGCCGACGGGCGAGUGGAAGGCCGUGGUGGGCUGGGGACUGGCGCUCGCCUCCGUCUCCGUCUGGAUCUACCUCGGCAUGAAGAUCUUCGUGUACGGUGCCCUGCCGGAGUCGCUGAGCGACGAGAACCAGAAGGCGCAGCUGAAGCGGAUGCUGGACCUCAAGGUCAACCCAGUAGACGGUCUCGCCUCCAAGUGGGACUACGAGAACAACCGCUGGAAGUAAAUUGUUUUGCGUUGGUAUGGUGCUGUGCUACGGCUUUGGUCGAUAGAGUAGACAAUUGUA